CUGAGAGAAGAGAGAGAGAGUUAAGAGUAGUCAGCCAUCCCAUCACCCACUCACCCAGUCACCCACACAUCCCAUCACCCACUCACCCACACACCCAUCUCAUCACAGGGUAGGGCAGUUCAUAGGUACAUGGCACAGACCGUUAAGAAUCUAAUAUAAAUACUCUGAGGAGGCUCUGGCAGGGGUCUGGAGGCUGGCUAAGGAUGAGCUAACAGAUAUAUUAACUCACUGAAGAGGAGAGGGAAGAGUUAACUAAGGAUGUAGAGGCAAUAGAUGAGGGUAAGAACAGCAGCACAUGUUGUAGUGGACAGUUUUGGACAAGAAAGUGACGAAGUGGUACCUGAACAUGAGGGACGGCUGGAAAAAAGGAAGGAGAAAGAAGGAAGCCCUGUGGAGUGUGACGCAGAAUAAUAUUAAUAGCCUCAUCUUGGGAUUAAUGUGAUGAGCUACAAGUAGAGAACAUUGAACAAAAUAGAUAACUUAUGGAAAAGAUCAAAUAAGGAGUUAUGUUUUUAGUUAAGGAAAGAUUCAAAAUGGCUGGAUACAAUGUGGUGAUGGACUAGCAGAUGCAUUAAUAAUUAGAGUCCAAAAUAUACCAGGCAAAAAGAUGAUUCAAAUUAACUGACAUACCAAGCAAUUAAUUAGUGAAAUCAGUCUUUGUUGACUCUUUCAAAGCCUUUCAGUUUGUCGACCUUAGUAUACUGUUAGGAAAAAGAGCGAUAUUAAGACAUGAGGUAUAAGCACUCCUGGUUCAAAGGCUAUUUGACUGAUAGUGUGUGUGUGUGUCUGUCCUAAAUUUGUAAUGAUGGUUUUGGUCCCUCAUCAGUCAUUGAGGGUGGUUGCCUAACUACAGAUAUAGCACAAAUAGAACGACUAACAAAACUCAAAGACGAUGACCAUUAUUAUUAUUUCUAUUAUUAUUAUUAUUAGUAGUAGUAGUAGUAUUGUAUCACGGUAUUUAAUAAUAGAGCCUCAACUUAUACUAGUCUUGCCUGAAAAUCUCUCGUUUUCUAUCAUUCUCCCAUCCUGCAGGCCUGAGCCCAGACCGAGACCCAGAGAAAUGUAAACAAACGCAGAGUCAGACUAUAUAUACGGGUGAAUUUGUUGCUUUUUAGAGCGGCAGUGGAUCUGUACAUGAGUGAGGUGGCGAGGGGCGUGGCCAGGGGGCGGCUAGCAGCGUGUGCCACCAGGGAAAUGUGUAUGAACAUAAUAAAAGGCGCCCGUCAAGAAAGGCACAGAUGCAGGGUGGUGAGGCAGUGUUCAUCCCAGGGGCACACCACACAGGGUCAGCAACACAGAUGGUGGUGGAGAGGCACCUGUGGGACGCCCAGGGGAACACCAGACACGACCUUGACAGACAGAAGAGUUUAUUGAUGAAGUGUGGAAGAAGAGGAGAAAGGAACAAUGAUAUUCGACCAGCUGCGGCAUCUGGGGGCUUCACUUGACUGGGACAGCUGGGACAUGGAUGCAGCGAGAGACUGGCCUGUGUGUCUGUCUGUACAUCCUGACGGAAGCGUUUGUCCGUCCGUACGAUGCUGGGCUGGUGUACCGCAAGGAGGCUCUCGUCAACUGGUGCUGCAGCCUUCAGUCGGCCAUCUUGGACAUUGAAGUGGACCACCUGCACCUGACAGGACCCACGGAGCUGGCAGUCCCGGGGUACAGCAAACCGGUCAGCUUCGGAAAGAUGUGGGACUUCCCUUACAGACUGGCAGACUCAGGUUCGUUCGGUGCAAGGAGUCGGCACAGGAGGCGUCCGAGGCUGUGCAGAGCGGCUGUCUCAACUUGGUGCCACAGCUGCACAGGAGGGCUUGGCAUAGCUGGCUGGACAACAUCACAGACUGGUGUGUCUCCCGGCAGCUCUGGUGGGGCCGCAGAAUGCCAGUGUACCACAUUACUGCAGCAGAUGGCGAGGAGGUGUGGGUGGCGGCUGCUCGGAGGAGGAUGCAAGGCGGAAGGCUGUGGAGAAGGAAGGAGGAAGAUCUGGACAUCUGUUUCUCCUCUGGCCUCUCCCUUUGCCUCGCUGGGCUGGCCGGGUCAGGGGAGGGGAGAGACCAUGCCUGACCUUGCUCGCUUCUACGCAACGACCUUGAAGACGGGUCACGGCAUCCUCUUGUGGGUGGCUCAGGUGGUCAUGCCGGGACUCGACUUGACGGGGAGGCUUUCCUUUGAGACUGUGCUGCUGCAUGGCCUCCAGGGUGAUGGUGGCGGCCACAAGACGUCCAAGUCCUGGGGCAGUGUGAUAAACCCCCUGGAUGUCAUCAGUGGGGCGUCCCUGGAGGUGUGUGACUUGCCGGUGCUGUGUGUUCUGUACUGGUGUUCAUUGGCUGUGGUGAGCAGUACCUUGACAGCAGGUACUGUGCGAGAGGGUGGAGGGGACCCUGAAUGCGGAAGAAGUACUCACUGGUCUCGUAUGAACUCUCCCACAGGCAUCCCAGAGUGUGGAGCUGAUGCCCUUUGGUCCACCCUGUGCUCCACCAGCUUCAGGAAACCGUCACCCCAAACAAUGAGUGGUGGAGGGUGCGUUCUGCGUUGACAGCCAGCAUGAGCGGUGACAGGAGCCAUGGGUGCCUUGCCUCCUCGCACCACCACCACAAGCACCACCACUCCUGCCAUCACCUACAAGGGGGAGACUGUGAUGUGGCUGCAGGUGGAUAGGUUCGGAGGCCUCCAGAGAGCUGCCCAGAGUGAAGCUUGUG